UCUCGCGAGAUUCGCCGCGCGCCGGUCCCGCCCUUCCCCGGCCGAGGCGGAGCGCACGGUGCGGUCCCGGCACCCGCAGCGGCGCCUCUGCGCUGCCCCGGCCCUGCUCUGCCCGCCGCCUGCCUCACGCGCCCGCCGAGAUGUCAGAAGACCUUGCUAAGCAGUUGGCUAGCUACAAAGCUCAGCUCCAGCAAGUUGAGGCUGCCUUAUCUGGGAAUGCAGAAAAUGAAGAUUUGCUAAAACUGAAGAAAGACUUACAGGAAGUCAUAGAACUAACCAAAGAUCUUCUUUCAACACAACCUUCGGAAACUCUUGCAAGUUCUGACAGUUCUGCUUCUGCUUUGCCCAGUCACUCCUGGAAGGUUGGGGAUAGGUGCAUGGCAAUAUGGAGUGAGGAUGGACAGUGUUACGAAGCUGAGAUUGAAGAAAUAGAUGAAGAGAAUGGAACAGCUGCGAUCACAUUUGCUGGAUAUGGCAAUGCUGAAGUUACACCUCUGUUCAACCUCAAGCCUGUGGAAGAGGGAAGGAAAGCAAAAGAGGACAGUGGCAACAAACCCAUGUCCAAAAAAGAGAUGAUAGCCCAGCAACGAGAGUACAAAAAGAAGAAAGCUUUGAAAAAAGCUCAGAGAAUUAAAGAACUCGAACAGGAACGAGAGGACCAGAAAGUCAAGUGGCAACAGUUUAACAACAGAGCCUAUUCUAAAAACAAAAAAGGCCAGGUGAAGAGGAGUAUUUUUGCUUCCCCUGAGAGUGUAACUGGCAAGGUUGGCGUUGGAACGUGUGGAAUUGCAGACAAACCUAUGACACAGUAUCAAGAUACCUCUAAAUAUAAUGUCAGGCAUUUGAUGCCUCAGUAACAGGAAAAAAAAGGUGGAACUUCAUCUCUGCAGGGCUUUACACUUAUCUUUUUAUCAUUAUAUUUUUCUAAAAGUAAAUUAUUUGUUGGCACAUAGCGAGUAGUCCAUUUUGUCACCAUCACUUUGGCUUCAGCUGAUAUGAGCCUUAAAUCUCCAGCUAUUGAUUUGACCACCCUAAUCAUUAGUCUUUUUGUAGUUGCAUUAGAAUACAUUCUGCAGGUAAAGGUUUUCAUGAACUGCUGUUACCUGUUACUCCGAAAACAGUGGUUAUCUGCAGCUUGGAUCUCUGGAAUCUUCCAUUCAUACUUGUAGUGAAGGGUUUUUUCCUUAAGAAAAGUGGUGGUAUAAAAAUGGCACCUUCCCAGCCUCCCUCGUUUCUGUAGUCACCGUUCUGUCUGCUAUCUCGGUGACAAGCUCAGCAUCGCAAAGCUGCUGCAGCUCUGUCAGUGUGAGCCAGACUCCAGCGGAGCUCAUACAUCACAUGGAAUUGCUAAGGAAUUUCUGAAUUAACUCCCUUACAAAUCCACUGAAGAUUGGUUUGCACAGCUGUAAAUGAGGGCAGAACAGGGCUGAUAGGAUCUCUUAUAACUAAUGAUGAUUUAUGUGCUAGAAACAAUAAAUCUGACUGUAAUUCCAGUCUGAAUUUGAAGUUAAGCAGAGGAGAUGUUAUACUUUGUUUGUUAAAAUACUCAUCAAAUUUUAAUAGGACAUUAUUGAAAGUUAUUGAAAUGUAACCAGAAAACCAUAGGACAAGGCAUGUAGACUCCAGUUUCCCAGUAGAAAGCUCUACUUGAAAAUACCCACCCCAGCCUUCCCCAGGGGUCAGUGAGUUGGAGACCAUAAAUGGCUGUUCCUUCUCACAGAGCUUGUAGGUUUGAUGGUACGGUCACAGAUCUGCUGCACAGGAACAGCUCGUGUCGGGGCCUCCUCCAUCCAGGCAGGUAGAAC